AUGCCCCUCCUCGUCCUCGUCGUCCUCCUCCUCCUCGCCGCCGGCGACCUUUCCUCCUCCGCCACCCGCAAUCACCCUGCAUACCCCUGCAUGCCCCCUCACUUCAACUCCUUCCCCUUCUGCAACACCUCCUUAUCCCUCCCCCAUCGCGCCAAAUCCCUAAUCUCUCACCUCACCCUCCCGGAAAAAGUCCAGCAGCUCGUCAACACCGCCUCCGGCGUACCUCGCCUCGGCCUCCCUCCUUACCAAUGGUGGUCGGAAUCUCUCCAUGGGAUUAACAACAAUGGCCCGGGCGUUCGAUUCAACGGAACGAUUCGGGCUUCCACCGUCUUCCCGCAAGUCAUCCUCUCCGCUGCUUCACUGGACGUACAUGUGGCGAGCUAUCGCCCGCGCCGUUGCGUCGAGGGCCGCGCUAUGCCAAUUCCGGUCAAGCAGAACUUAAAAGGACUGACCUUUUGGGCACCCAACAUCAACAUCUUCCGGGACCCGAGAUGGGGGCGCGGGCAAGAAACGCCUGGAGAGGAUCCGCUCGUCAGUUCCCUCUACGCCAGUGAUUAUGUCUCUGCAUUCCAAUCUCGAAGCGAUUCUCUCUUUCUUUCUGCUUGCUGUAAGCAUUACACAGCUUACGAUUUGGAGAAAUGGAAGGGCUUUAAGAGGUAUACUUUUGAUGCCGAAGUUACAGAGCAGGAUAUGAAGGAUACGUUUCAGCCGCCGUUCAAGAGCUGCGUUCAGGAAGGGAAAGCCAGUUGCUUGAUGUGUUCGUAUAAUCAGGUUAAUGGAGUGCCGGCUUGCGCGCGCAGGGAUUUGAUCGAUGAGGCUAGAGAUGAUUGGGGAUUCGAAGGGUAUGUGACGUCUGACUGUGAUGCGGUGGCUAUAAUUUACGAGGAGCAAAAGUAUGCUGCGUCGCCGGAAGAUGCAGUGGCUGCUGUUCUGAAAGCCGGGAUGGAUAUCAACUGUGGCAACUACUUGCUGCAGCACACCGAGUCUGCAGUGAAGCUUGGGAAGGUGACAGAGGAGGACAUCGAUCGCGCACUCACCAAUCUCUUCUUGGUUCAGCUGAGGCUUGGGCUUUAUGACGGAGCACUGAAGAGGCGGCGACAUGGGUUACUAGGACCCAAAGAUGUUUGCACCAAAGAACACAGAGAGAUAGCUUUGGAAGCAGCAAGACAAGGUUUUGUGCUUCUGAAGAAUGACAAUGGAUUCCUGCCUCUUAAAAGGAACAAAGUGUCUUCCUUGGCCUUGAUUGGGCCUGCAGGAGACAAGACUAACUUAUUAGGUGGUGAUUAUAGUGGAGUUCCCUGCAAUCCUAUAAGCAUACUUCAUGGCCUGAGAGAUUAUGUACCAAGCACUUCUUAUGCUUCAGGAUGUCCCAACACUUCUUGCCUAGUUGAUGAUGAAUUUGAAGAAGCUGUUCAUGUUGCACGAGUAGCUGAUGUUGUGGUUGUGGUUGCUGGACUGAACCUUACUGAAGAAACUGAGGAACUUGAUAGAGUGAGCUUGUUGCUUCCAGGGAAGCAGAAGGAUCUGGUUAAUGCUGUAGCUUCUGUAAGCAAGAAGCCAGUGAUACUGGUGCUCAUGGGAGGAGGACCUAUUGAUGUGUCAUUUGCAAGAGAUGAUCCAAGGAUUGCCAGCAUUUUCUGGAUUGGUUAUCCUGGUGAAGUAGGUGGCCAGGUGCUUGCAGAGGCUGUGUUUGGAGAAUUCAACCCUGGUGGGUAUUCAACGAUGACAUGGUACCCGGAAUCCUUCACUGUCGUGCCGAUGACAGAUAUGCGCAUGAGGCCUGAUCCUUCAACUGGUUAACCCGGCCGAACCCAUCGAUUUUACACCGGGGAUGUUGUUUAUGGAUUUGCAUCUGGCUUGAGCUACACUACUUACUCCUACAAGUUCAUAUCAGCACCAAACGAGUUGCAGUUGCUUGAAUACUCUCAAAAGAAGGUAGAACCAACACCUGAGACAGUUGAUGGAGUUGAUUACCUGCAAAUUGAAGAGAAUAUUGCUUGUGAGGACUUAAAGUUCAAUGUAAAGAUUGCAGUAAUGAACAAUGGAGAUAUGGAUGGAAGCCAUCCUGUAUUAUUGUUUUCGAGAUCUGCUGCGAAAAUUAAAGGAUCACCAAUAAGGCAGUUGGUUGGAUUUGAUAGAGUGUUCACAGCUGCUCAUAAAACUACUGAGAUUGAGAUAUUGGUAGAUACUUGCAAGGAUUUGAGCACAGUGGAUGAAAUUGGUAAGCGGAUUAUUAUACUGGGAACUCAUGUUCUGAUGCUGAAAGAUAUAGAACAUGAGCUAUCCAUCAAGACUUGAGGAAUUAGUAGAUUGAGAGCUUCCAUUGAGCAUCUUAAGGCUCGUUUGGGAUGGCUUUCAUGUUGUUUCUUAAAGCAGCUUUUCAGUAUAAAAAUUUUAUUUAUUGAACUAAAACACUGCUUUAAAAAGCAGUAAGAAAGCCGUCCCAAACGAAGCCUUAAUUUUCUGCGCAAUCUUUAUCUUUCUGUGUGUUCAACAAAUAAAAUUUCAGCUUUUUUCCAUAAAGAAAAAUAAAUUUUGGAACAACACUACGAUUUUUCUC